GCCUCCCACUGCUGCUGCCAGGCCCGUAAUCUGCCAUGGGGCCCCCGUACCGCCUCCUCAUGCUGCUGCCAGGCCCGUAAUCUGCCAUGGGCCCCCGUACCGCCUCCUCAUGCUGCUGCCAGGUCCAGAGUGUGUCAUGGGUCCCUGUACGGCCUCCCAUUGCUGCUGUCUCCAUCGCCACACUCUGCCAUGUGCCACUUUCAGGUCUCCUCACACUGCUGGUGUGUUACAUUUUUUGUCAUAGGGUGCUGUAUGGCCUCCCAUUGCUGCUGCCUCCACCGCCACACUGUGGCUCCACACUCUGGUUUUGGCCCCGUGACUGCCCAAAUGAGUGAAGUGUGCGGUGAUUCUAAGAUCGAAGGCACUCAUCUGCAUGUCAUACUGACUGACAGUAUUAUUUCUCUUCCCCAGCAGACUCCAAGGGCAUUUAAAUUAAAGGUACAGUGUUCUGCACUAAUAUAA